CCCUGAAGGGCGGAAUCCUGCGGCGCUGGGGGCCCGUGCUUAAGGAGCCUCCUGAGCACUGGGCGCCGGGAGCGGGGCCAGGACGUGCCCACGAAGGGAAAGGAAGGGAAGGCAGCGCCCGCGGGGCGGGGCAGGGGCCGCGGGGGAAGCCGGUGCUGAGGGCAGGAACGCCGGGGGGCGGGCGGGAGAGCAGGCAGGGAUUUUCGUCCCGGAAAGGGGCAGGGAUUCCUCCCGGCUGGGCAGGCGCCAGGGCGCUGCCGAGGGCGGCGGCUUUCCCGGAGCGGUGCGGGGGCGGCGGUGGCGGUGCCCGGUGCCGGACCCGCGCCUCCCUCCCUCCUUCCUUCCCUCUCUCCCUCCCUCCUUCCCUCUCUCCCUCCGUCCCUCCCUCGCCCCGUCCCCCCGCGCGUGCCGCCCGCCCGCCCCGCCCCGCCGCCCGCGGCCCCGCGCGCCGCUCCUCGCGCAGCGCCGGGCCGUGAGGGAGCGGCCGCGCCGGGUCACCUUCCCGGCCGCCGGCAGCCCCCGCCGCCCCCGAGCCGCCGCCAUCCGCCGCUGCGGGCCGUCCCCGCCCCGCGGGAGCGGGUGCCCCGGGGCAUGAGCUGCGCCUCCGGGAGCGUCGUGCUCCCUGCCGAAGAGCCGCCGCGAGCCGCCGCCGCCCCGCUGGAGCUGCCGGCCGGGGCGGGGGAGGCGAGCGGGGACACCCCCGAGGAGGGCGAGGGCCGGAGGGGCGGCUCGGAGAGCGGGGCCGCCGGCGGCGACAAGCCCGAGACGCGCUCGGUGUGCAGCAGCAGCGAGAGCGGCAGCGGCGGGCACGCCGGCGGGGCCGGCCCCAUCUGCAAGAUCUGCUUCCAGGGCCCCGAGCAGGGUGAAUUGUUAAACCCUUGCCGCUGCGAUGGCUCGGUACGAUACACGCAUCAGCUUUGCCUCUUAAAGUGGAUAAGUGAAAGAGGGUCAUGGACCUGUGAACUCUGCUGUUACAGAUACCAUGUUAUAGCCAUUAAAAUGAAAAAGCCUUGUCAGUGGCAAAGCAUUACUAUAACACUGGUUGAGAAAGUGCAGAUGGUUGCUGUAAUCCUAGGAUCUCUGUUCUUAGUAGCAAGUGUGACUUGGCUUCUAUGGUCAGCCUUCAGCCCUUAUGCAGUAUGGCAAAGAAAGGACAUCCUUUUUCAAAUCUGCUAUGGAAUGUAUGGUUUUAUGGAUCUAGUAUGCAUAGGACUGAUAGUCCAUGAAGGUGCAUCUGUUUAUCGAGUGUUUAAGCGCUGGAGAGCUGUGAAUCUACACUGGGAUGUGUUAAAUUAUGAUAAAGCCACGGACAUAGAAGAGAGCAAUCGAGGAGAAUCCUCAGCAGGGAGGACAUUGUGGCUGCCAUUGACUGCAUUUAGAAACAGAAGUUUGGUUCAUCCCACACAGUUAACCUCACCGAGAUUUCAGUGUGGCUAUGUGUUGUUACACCUGUUCAACCGCAUGAGACCUCAGGAGGAUUCAUCAGAGGAUAACUGCUCUGGGGAAGUGGUGAUGAGAGUGACCUCAGUGUAAAGAUUGUGCUCACUGUGCUACACAGAUAAGGGUAAUGUGCCCUGGUGUUACAGGACUGCAGAAUGUAGUUAUGAUAAAUGGUGAAACCAUUAACACUUGAAAAAAUAUAUACACUUCUUUUUUUUAAAUUUAAUGGUUUUUAUAUGAUCAGAUAAAACACAAAUACAUUUUUCUGGGGGAAAAAGUCUCUUGGUUUUUAUAUAGUCUGAUUUAUUGAACCUUUUUUCAAUUUGUACCUGAGGUGUAUGUAACAUAGCUUAACUCUUAGGUCUUUGAAUGAUGAGGAAACUCAUUUUUAAGUAAAAAGAUAUAUUUAAAUGUAUUUUCUUAAACUUUGGCUUUAAUCCACUACUGUUAUUUUUUUCCACUUUCAUGAGGAUUAAACUGGACAACAUUCUUCCAAAAAGAAUAAGAAUGUUGACACAAGUCAAAUA